CAGUGCCAGGACUCGCAACUUUCAGCUGAAUCUCUCCUCCGCGCCCCUCCGACCUUUGACAAUCUGACCAACCUGUGUUUUUGUCUUUACAAUCGACUGUCUCAAGUACCUGCAUUAUUUGUUUUUACGCCUAGUUCUUGUCUUGUGUCUUUACUUUGUACAACUGCCCCAAUGGAGGGUAAGAAUGAAGAGAGUGCGAAGUCUGUUGAUUCUCUACAGAUGGAAGAGACUUACCAGCUCAGACGGAGUUACAUAGCUGAAUCAUGCCAGUUGCACUACAAUCAAAGUCCUUUGAAAAUAAUGAGCUCAGAGGGAGUCUACUUGAUUGAUUCGAUGGGAACAAAAUAUUUGGACUGCGCCACAAGACUCUCCAGUGUCGGUCACUGUCAUCCCUGUGUUGUGGCUGCAGGCCGUUCGAUGAUGCAAACUAUGGGUGCCAUUCAAGACUUUUCCCAGCACGAGUCUUACGUCAAAGCACUUCUCAAAACCCUCCCGCCCAAUUUUGAAGUUUGUCUGUUUACAAAUUCCGGAUCUGAAGCCAAUGAUUUGGCAGUGCAGCUGGCCAGGAAUUAUACCAAUCGAAAAGCCGUGGUUGUUAUGGAGAAUUCCUUUCACGGGUCCAGUGAACUGUUGACCGAGAUGUGUCCUAAGUCGUUCAGGAGACUCCCAACUGGCAAGCCAAACUGGGUCACUGUUGUGCCAUUGCCAGACACCUACCGAGGAAAGUACAUACAAGACAUUUACGCUGCACAAAAGUAUUUCGAAGAUGCGAAAGACGUGAUACAAAGAGGCAUCGCUCAAGGAGGAGAAAUCGCAUGCUUCUUGUCAGAGCCUAUUUUCAUGGUCCAAGGAAUGAUCAUUCCACCUGCUGGUUACCUGGCUAAUAUCUAUAGUUAUAUCAAGAGUCUAGGAGGGCUCGUCAUAGCGGAUGAAAUUCAGCUGGGAAUGGGACGCUGCGGCACUCAGUUUUGGGGUUUCCAAACUCAAGGUGCAGUGCCAGACAUCCUAACCCUCGGAAAAGCCAUAGGGAACGGCUACCCUCUGUCAGUUGUCAUCACGUCGCGGCAGAUUGCUGACACACUGCCCAACUGGGCGAAGCAGUAUCGCUGCGAAUCGGUUGCUGUAGCGAUUGGACACGCUGUUCUCAAGGUGCUUGACGAGGAGGAGUUAGUGCGGAGCGGAUUACAAAGCAUGGAGUACCUGUACCGAAAGCUUGUUCAAUAUGAAAGCAAGUUUCAAUUCAUAGGAGCUAUACGAAAAAUGGGCCUAAUAAUAGGGAUCGAAAUAGUAUUAAGCAAAGAGUCCAGGAAACCUGAUUCAUCAUUAGCUGAGAAAAUAAGCUACAGGCUUAAGGAUAGCAAUAUUAUUGUUGCAAAUGAAGGCAACAUGAAUAAUAUACUGGUCUUCAUGCCACCUUUUUGUAUCACGAUGCGCGAUGUUGACAUGCUGGUUGAUGGUCUUGGCCGAAUACUGACGGAAAUAGAAGUGGAAAACUCGACAGCAAUAUUUGACGAGAUUUUCACUUCACAACCAAGCACGAGCACCUCUGCCAUAUUAGGCAUAUCCAUGGCCGCGAGCAAUGACAUGACACUGGAGGAGGAGCCGCCAUCACCGGACGUCACCUUCAACUACGCUUAUUCCGACGAGGAAGCUCGGAAAGAGGCUGAAGCUUACGCCGACAUGGAUUAAACCUUCUUGCAGUUUUAGUGAGUAGGAUAUUAGACAUUUCUAAAAAGAAAUUUUCAGAAAUUUGUAUCCAUAACCAGGCUACUCUCGCCUGUGUCGAUUAUUUUAUUCACGUUUUUAACACCUAAAUUUAAAUAAUAUACAUCAUUCUCUUACAAUAAUUAUGAUAGUUUCGAGAUUAUGCAAUGAUCUCAUCCAGAACACACAGACAGUGGUUAUGAUAACAAUUAUGUUUCAGCUGGAAACCAAAAAUUCUAGCAUUUGACUAGCAAUGUGUGUUGAUAAUUGUUAGUUCAAACUCGGUUGUGUCAAAAGAUGAUGAUGUGAUUCAAUGGAAAAACAAAUUUCAGUCAGUGGCUUUAACAUCACAAAGUUACCAAUCCGUUUCAACAUUCUUAGUGGAAUUGCAUGAGUACAUGUUACUAUGUUUCACAACAAUAUUUGAAGUUCUUGAAAUUUUAGUUCAACCUUGCCUCAUAAUAUGAAGUCUGAGCUGCUCUAAUUUUAAUAAGCCAUGGUAGCUGUUAAUUAAGUUGAGCCUUUAUCUGCUCAAAUCCAAUACAACGCAAAAAUUAAUCGGGGAAAAUAGACUGCUGGCUCAGACCUCUAUGCGUGUUGUUAAAUAACAAAUUCAAAUCUAUUCACUUGUUAUUAUAUCCGGGUGAUGUAUUUUUAUAAAAAUCCUGAUAUUUCAAUGUUGAAAAUAAAUCUACGCAAGGGUGUUUUGGACAAAUGCGCAUCUGUCAAUUUUCCAUAUAAUCAGCACAUAAAAAUGACAUAUAUCACAUUGAUUAAUAACGUAACGCCUUUCACGGGGACGACGAUGUUCGGUUUAUUCAGUCACUAUCGUCGUCAUGGCUUCUUGUAAGAGGCUGCCUGCAUUCCUCGUCAGACCCGUACACUACAUCUUCGUCGCUGUCAUUGAUCAUGGAGAAAGCAGGGUUGUCUUUCGUAAUACUGGUUUCUAAUUGAGAGAUAUUAAUCAAAUCUCGCUCAACGCGUAUAAUUAAUUUUUUACCGAAUAUGUUAUUUUCUGAAGGAGCGUACACAUAGGCCAUCGUGUAAAGAUAAAAGUUUAGCAGUCCAUAAAAAGACAUGAACUCGGCCGAAUUUUUGUAGGUUGUUGAGAGUUCAGCUACAAAGUUAUCUUCCAAUAUUCCGACUCCAAAACGGAGGACAGUAAUCAUGAUGCUCAGACUCAGCACAAUUAGCAUGAGCAGCGUCAAAAACUUCAAUCGCAUAUCUGGAAAAAGGAACAAAUUGCCAUUAGGAAACGCGUGAAACUGUACAAAAUAAUUUUACCAAAAAACGGCAUUGCUCUGAGAUCUGUGUACGCUCGUAAAAUCAAGAAGAAGAGGUAAACCAGGUAUAAUCCUCCAACAACAAAGAAGAAUAUCUUGAAAUUCUGCAUGGAUUUAACAUUUUGCAUAUUAUGGUAAUUUUAAGGGCUCAAUAAUUCUUACAUAGAAGUUAUCAGUGUCGAUCUUGUAGCUGUAUGUGGGGUCCUGCAGCUCAUUGUAUUUUUGCCAAAUAGCCAUGACUACAGCAGACAGCCAUAACAUACCAACUAUCAAUACUUUUGGCAGGUAGAAAGUCAGAAUGUUUCUUUCGUUCUAAAUUGAUCAAGUAAAUCGCCAAGUCAGAGUUGAAAAUUAAACUCAAAUAUUCUACGUGUACCUGUCUCAAUCCGUGGUAAAUGCACAGCCAGAAUAAAAGUAAGGCACAAAGGAAGGUAGCUUGAAAAAUAGCGUCCAGUGCCCCAGGAACGGACGAGUUGAACAAAAAUGUCAUUGGAAAUAUCGGAUCUGUAAACACGUCCUCAAUUGUAACUUCAAUACCUAAUAUUUUCGUGCCAUACCGUUGUAAAGGAGGAGGAGAGGAAGUAACACUGACAUCCAUUUCUGCUCAAUCGACCAGUCGUAAACUGUGUACUUCCGAAGAGCGUGGGCAAACCAACACUAGACACAUAAUUGUUUUAAAAAGAUUUACAAUAUAUCGACGUGUGCACUUAAACAAACUUACGGCUGUUACGAAUGUCAUCAAAAGAAAGAUUAUUCUGAACCACAAUUCCAAUUGUGUAAAGUCAGGGUUGUAUGUUUUGAACUAGAAAUUAGAAUUAUUUAAUUUUAAAUUUAAAUCAACUGGUAUUUUUGAAAUGUUGUUACGUAAAAGAGGACUUCCUUGAUGUUGUAUCUUUGAUGAAAACUUUCGAGUCCGUAUAGGUGGACUGUCAAAAUGUAAUGCGUGUAGUCAAGGAAUCCGAGAUGUAAAACUAUGAAAUCGUCACACUCCUCUCGCUGGCAAUGAACGUGUCUUGUUCUAAAAGUAUAAAAACUUUGUGCAUUUUAUCUUUUCUAAGUAUCUCUAUUCCGACCUAUUGUGCGCUUGAUCUUCUCGGAGAACGGUCAACGGCUUGUGAUCAGCAGUGAUCCCUUCUAUUGUGACACUCAUGUGAAAGCGCUUGUCGUAGGUCUCGUCUGAUAUAUUGAGUCGGCAUUGAACAAAAUUGGAAAUAAAAUAUAUAUGUUGUUAUACCGUC